GGUGUAAAGGCAAAUUGGUAAAAGAGGCUUAUCUGAUAAAGCUGUAAUUUGUCAUGAAUGUUCCCAUUUUUCUCUCAACACCCAGGACAAUCAAUCUCGAAGAAUUCUAAUCCGUUUCUUUUAGAACUCUUUUUUGCUUAAAAGAGUAGUUCACCCGAAAAUACAAAUUGUAGCUUGAUACAAAUUGUAGCUUGCUUUCCCUCAUGUAAUUUUUUUCAUUUUCAUUGUGUAUCCCCAGAGUGUAUCCCCAGAGCUGUUUUUGCUAAAUACAAAUAUGAAUGACCCAUGAUUCCAUAAUAUUUAUGAGAAGGACGCAUCUGCAAUAUCAAUAAAUAACUGUCAAAACCAAACAUACACUCCAAGGAGUUACAUGCAUCUGUUAGCUUUGCAAAUGCCAUUCCUCAUUUUCAGCAUGGCUUAGUUGGAAAGAUCCGUUCCUGUGUGUUUAGGAGGUGUGUCAAAGCCUGUUGACUGAUGUCUACACUUGCCUGGAGGGCACUUGUAAACACAGAAUACACCUUUGCUUAUAGGCAGCUGGCUCACGUGACACAUCCACAGAUUGCCUUUAAAAACCCCUCUCGUCUGCUCCGAGACUGACAGAUCUGAUCUAAAUGGUGAGGAGUGGAUUCCAACAUGCGGUUGAUUUGCAAAGCAAACUGUUUCUAGUUCACACAGGUCACAAGAAUUAUCAUCUCUCAAACCAAAGCUAAGACUUGCAUUUCGCAGAGGACAAAAAGUCGACAACAAUGAGUCUGGGCAGCACCAGUACAGAAUCUGAAGUUUCAGAGGAUGAGUUGGAGGAUUGUCCUUUGGGUGAGGAUGACGACUUUAGCAGCGAAAGCCCUGCAAAGAUUCGUUCAGAGCACUCAGUGUCAUCCAGCCCCAGUGACACAGAGGGAAUCAAAACGACUAAGAGGCGUACUCGGCCUAAGCGGUCCAAAGCACGGAGAGUCGCCGCCAAUAUCCGAGAGAGGAAGCGCAUACUGGACUACAACCAGGCCUUCAACGCCUUGCGCACUGUCCUCAAACACGACCUUAGCGGAAAGCGUUUAUCCAAGAUCGCCACUCUCCGCCGUGCCAUCCACCACAUUUCAACACUGUCUUUAUAUCUGCGGACACAUUCAGACACCGAAGCACAUGUGCCUCCGUGUAUCCAUACAGAGUGUUACAGACAGCCAGAAGACAACCUUUCUCUGCCCAAGAAGACAGGAACUUUCCAGGAACCGAUGGAAAACUACACUCCCCAUCAUCCAGAGCCUCUCAUAGUUUCUCCAGAGAUACCUGGGAUUUUGUACCAGGACAUAUCGAACUCUGUACCAUCUUCUCACUACGGCCACUGCGCAACCAACAGUCAGGUACACGUGAGCCAUGGAUGCUACAGUCACCACUGGGAGGACCAAAGCAGUGAUUACUACAGUGGAGGAGCUGGAUAUCAACAUGGGACGAGGGUCACCUGCCAUCAGAAUCAUUUGGACACUUAUGCAGACUCUGCUAACCCGUCUUUGGCUUGGCAGCUAGGUUACCUUCAGUAUCAUGGAUACCAACAAUCCCUGAGUAUGCACUGACUAAAUGUUCUCAUGCUAGAAUUGUGUUGAAAAACAUUAGCAAUCUGUAAAUAUAGUAAUGUGAAGAUAAUGUUUGGAUCCUUUGCUCAGGUUAAAAAAAUACUGUACAUUCUAGAUUUAGAUAAAAAAUAUCUUUUUUAUAUGUACAAAUCCCCAAAUAAAGCAGCUUAUUAUAAACCUGACUCAAAAAGUAUAAAUAUAUUUUAAAUGUAAUACAGUUUAUGUACUCAUUCUACCAAUAAGAUUAUUGGUACAUUAAGUGCAGUCAAAUUCAUUUUGGUUAAACUGUUAGAACACCGAAGAAGAUUCACAUUAUUUUUAUAGUGAUACCAGAUCCUGAUCCAUCUUAAUGUGGAAGUCUGUACCUGCUUCAUAGUAAGCAAAGUCAUAAUUGAAACUUUAUUUUUUGUUUUCCUCAUUGUAAUUUUAUUUCUCCCAAUAUAACUUUAAAUGUCACAAUUUGAGCAUGUACAGUUUGUUGUAAUAUGACUUUAAAUCUGUCUUUGUGACUUUACAUCUUGCAAUUGCAGCUUUGUAUCUUCCUUCUUUAUUUCCAAUCAUUUUGGCUUUUUUUUAUGUCAGUGUUAUUUGAC